GCUGGGGCUCCGGGGGCGGGGAGUGGCGAAUGCGACCGGCUGGGGACCGAGCCCCGGGCGGGGAUCCCUGCGCUCCCGGGCCGCUCCGGCCUUCCCGGGCGGGCUUCGGGCGGUGGGGUGGGGGGGCCUUCCUACCCACGUGUGUGGCGAGGAAUUGUGCAGUGCCUCGAGGACAGCGGGUCCGGGCGGGUCGCACCGCGGGCAGGGAGGGCUCAGCCCGGUGGGGCGGGGGCCGGGUGUUGGAGGGCGCUGAGGCAACAGCCUGGGACACGGGGAAGGGACGGUCCCCGUGAUAGUCACUUCCUCAGCCAUCAGGGCGUUAGGGAGCUCUCCCUCACGGGGAGGGACCUGUGUCAGGGAGCAGCGCGGGCAGGGAAGCGGGACCUGGACCACGCAGGGUGUAGCCGUGUCUGGGUGAUGGGGAAUUAGGGGGCGUGGGGGUUGAGAAGGCAGUAUCCGUAUUGGGAGCGCUGCUGGGAUAGGAACUGCAAAGUGGAACAAGUCUGGGCCAGCACGUGUGUUAAAAGAACCAGAAUAUAACUGGCAGACGCAGGGCUGGAAGGGAAGAAUCAGCACUCCUCUGGUGUCAGGCUCAGCAGGGGUUAAUGGGAAGUUCUCUACCAGCCUGAACAUUCUCUCUAGUGCAAGGGAUGCUUCCUGCUGUAGGACUAGUGAUCAACCUCUGGGAACGUGGAAGGACUUUAAAGGAAUGCAUGUGUACAGUAAAUACUGAACUGCAUCUAGCUCUAAGCUGGAGCACUCUACAUGGAGCAUAGUAAAACACUGAGUGCUAAUACACAGAUUUUUAGGUGGACAGGAGGUUGCACUGGUAGGUGUUGCGGUGUGCAAAUGACGUGCGGCAAGGCUGAGAGUGACCUAGAUCGGAGAGAUACCAGGUGGAUGUUGUCCACUGAAAAGAAUCAUCCAUCACAUGUAUAUAGUUCUGUGCCAGUGAAAGCUUUUCAGAGGUAUGCAUCUCUGUUUUACAGAUUCAGAGAAGGAACCUAAAAAGGGCCUAACAUAAGAUGAAGCAAUGAAUCCUUGCUGAAGCAUCAGACAGCAGGAGCUGUUGGCCAGAUGCUGCUGGAUGCUAACAGGGGAAAGCUGACUUGGAGGCAAGCGACCAGAAAUGUUUGGACACGUCGUCACUUUGCAUCUGUAACCCGCUUUCAGAGCCACGCAGGUGGGAGGAUGUCGAGCACAGCUCCGUCAAAGAAGCCUUACCGCAAGGCGCCCCCGCAGCAUCGCGAAAUCCGCCAUGAGGUACCCAUCAUUCGUGACGACCAGGACGGAGUGAUCUUGGCUGAGCAGAGUCAGGAACCCUUGACGGAUGCAGAAAGGAUGAAGCUACUGCAGCACGAGAAUGAGGAGCUUCGUCGACGGCUGACAUAUGUGACGAACAAAAUGGAGGCCAUGGAGAGGGAACUGGAGUCAGGUCAGGACUACCUGGAGAUGGAACUGGGCCAGAACCGUGAGGAACUGGAGAAAUUCAAGGACAAAUUCCGUAGGUUGCAGAACAGCUACACUGCUUCCCAGAGAACCAAUCAAGAUCUGGAGGAGAAGCUGCAUGCCCUGAUUAAAAAGGCAGAAAUGGACCGCAAGACGCUGGACUGGGAGAUUGUAGAGCUCACUAAUAAAUUGCUUGAUGCCAAAACCACCAUCAAUAAGCUGGAGGAACUCAAUGAACGCUAUCGACAGGACUGUAACCUUGCAGUACAGCUGCUCAAGUGUAACAAGUCUCAUUUCAGGAACCACAAGUUUGCUGAUCUUCCCUAUGAGCUGCAGGACAUGGUCAAUAAGCAUUUGCACAGCACUCAGGAGUCUGCAGGCACUGGUCAAGAGGCAGCCCACACCUUGGCACCAUCUGAUGUUGUGCCCACCUCAGUCAUCGCCAGAGUCUUGGAGAAACCAGAAUCUCUGGUUCUGAAUUCAGCCAAGUCUAGCAGUGGCAGCUGUCCCAUGGCGGAGGAUGUCUUUGUGCAUGUGGACAUGAGCGGAGCCCCUCCUGAUGCCUCCAACAGCUCAGGGCAGACAGGAAAGGAGGGAGGAGAUGCGGGGAAACAGCAGAAUGGUGGCUGCAAGCCACAGAGUAGCAUGGAAAGUGUGCCUGAGGAUGUGCCUGCCUUUGAGAAGUUAAGCCCAUACCCUACUCCCUCACCUCCCCAUCCUAUGUACCCAGGGCGCAAAGUGAUUGAGUUCUCUGAGGACAAGGUAAGGAUCCCAAAGAACAGUCCCCUGCCCAACUGCACGUACGCUACGCGCCAGGCCAUCUCCCUCAGCCUGGUACAGAGUGAAGACGAGAGCUGCGACAGGCACCGGACACUCCCCAGCAGCCCUGCUUCAGAGGGGCACCGUUCAGCCUCCAGCUGCUCCUGUCAGCAGUCCCCCAAAGCAGCCAGAGCUCACGGAUCUUCCCAGAGCAGCCCAUUCAGCAGCCCUCCCCAGAUCCCGAGCGCCUUUGCCAGCUCUGCCAGCUCUGAGGAGGACCUGCUGGCCAACUGGCAGCGUAUGUUUGUGGACAAGGCACCCCCCACCUCCGAGCGAGUGCUGAUGAACCGCACUGCUUUCAGCCGUGACACAGCCCCUGAGCUCCAGAAAAGGUUCAGCCGCUCCAUGCAGGAGCUGGGUAGGGCAGCCUCGGCUUACUCAGACGGUGAGGAGUCUGCGCAGAGCUGCAGCUGGACCGUGAGCCGGGACUCGAGUGUGGACACAGACAGCACUGAGUCCAGAGCCCGCAGGAGCCAUUUCUCCUCAGACUAUGGUACAGAUUUCUCCCAGGAUGAAGCCCAGAAGCUGUUGCAUGAAAGCGGUGGAGGCAGUGCUGAGCCUGAAAGCCCCUCACCAGAGAAGCACAAGGACUAUGUGGACCUUGGCUUACCUGAGAGCCCAGCUGAGGAAAGAGAAAUACUUCUCCAGGGAAACAAGGAGAGCAACCAAGGAGGUGCCCAAGAGGAAAGUGGAGAAGGCAGGGUCAAGCCUCCCUUCAGUCGGAUGCACCGCAGCCCCAAGAGGAUGGGGGUCCACCACUUACAUCGCAAGGACAGUCUGACGCAGGCCCAGGAGCAGGGCAACCUUCUCAGCUGAGGCAGAGCAAGCAAGAAGCGACCACACGCUGCAGAGCUGUGGGAUGCCUCCAUCAGUCCACCUGAGGGAGAAACCUCCCUUAGUACCCUCCUCCCAGAGGGAGUCUGCUCUGAAAUUUUAUAUUUAUUCUCUUCCUUUUGCUACCUGGAAGAGCUGAGGUUCCCCUUCCCUGGCACCUCAGACCCACAGUACUAGCACAUGCAAUGUGCAAAAGCACACCCACUGCCCCGACAUGCUCACAGCUCUCUCCACAGCCUCACACUGGUGCCUGUACCAGAGCUAGUUCUUGGUACCCCUCCUCCUGGUGCCUGUGCCUCUUUACACCCUCAUCCUCCUUCCCCCUUCCCACUCAGGUACCUGAGGCCCUGGGUGCUCUUGUGCUGGUUGCCCACAGCUGCUCUGCUCUCUUUUUUCUUGUGCCAACAGGGCAGACUGCCUGUGUGGUGGCGUCUGAUUCCUCGGGAGCCCCAGAAGCCAUGAGUGGGGCACAAGGACUCUCCCAGCGGAUGGCUGUGUGCCAUGGGGAUGUGCUGGGAUUCCUGGUAUCUCAUUUUUCUGUUGGGUUUUCUUUUUCCCCAGCUGCCCAUGGGGUUGUUCUCCAGAAUCUGCCUCUGCGGAUUUCCAGCAUUGGGCUCAGCACCUGGUCCCCACAGAGGCAACGCAUGGGUGCUGCCUGCUGAGGUGGUUCGGGGAGGCAUUGCCUGCUGGGCCCUGGGGUUUGUGUUUGUGUGUCUCCUCCCUCACACCUCUUCCCCUUGCUCUCUGUGCUGUUGUUUUGUUUGAACGGUGCUGAUGCUUUGCUCUUGGGUGGGCUUCUUUCUUCUUUCCAAGCCUUUGGUUUUGAGGUGUAUUGUUUUUUCGUUCUCCCCACCCCGCAUAAACAGACACAGCCGCUGGCAGCCGGUCUGAUGCCUGCGUUGAGGGUGUGUUGAAGAGGCUCAGCUAUCAGAGCUGCGCUUCCCUCUGAUCCUGGCCUCCAGCCUGUAGAAACCCCUCCAGACUCAAGAACAAGGUCUUGCCCCAGGCAAGCAAGGCGUGAAGGGUGGUACUGGCUUUUCUGGGCAGGGCUUGGUGCAGGGCCAGCAGGGAUGCGAGGGCAGCAUGCUGAGGAGCUGCUCCCUGUAGAUGCACUACCUCAUGGCUUGGCAGUAGCCCUCUGCCAGGGUCUCCUUGCACGUCCCCUUCUCUGGGGGGCUCCAGGCUGGCUCUGGUGCCUCUGGAGCCUUCCCUUCUGGGUGGGGCUCUCUGUGUGUUUUUCCUAGCGUAGUGUGAUAUUGUGUGACUUUUCUUCUCAGUCUUGUGUGCUCAUUGUCUGCUUGGGGGGGGAGGGAAGGGGAGAGGUCUGUAGAUGUAGGUAUUUUUUGAGGGCUUACAGAGCCCAGGCCUCCUGUUUUAAUUUUGUCCUGUGCUCUUGUCUUUCUGGUGUUUCUUGGCUCUCCUGGGAGUGCGAGGCAGAGAACAGCCCAGUUCCCUGCACCACACCCCCUUCAAACCCCACCGUCUGCCCUCAGUCUGCUAUCUGGUUUUUGAGUUGGGUUUGUGUUGUCCUCCCACCCUACACAAUGAGGGCUCUUCACUGGGCUGGAGGAGAGCACCCCUGUCUCCAUGAGGGAGCUUCUGUUCAUAUGCUUACAUCAAGAUGUACAGCCGAGAGCUGCCUGAGGGCCCUGCUCCUUUCCCCAAACCCUGUCUCUGCAAAGGGCUUGCAGCUUGCAGCUGGGGCCAGCCAGGGCUUCAGCUCAAGCCUGGAGGCUCCAGGGCCAGUGAAAGGGAGCUGCAGGCCUCUCUGGCAGUUAUGUAGGUUGCUUUACGUACCCUGGCUAGAGCUGCUGCCUACACACUCACCUUGUUUCCUGCCACCCUCUGGUGGGGAGGUGGGACUCGGUAUUUCACUGCAGUAUUUUGCUUGGUCCUUGUGCAGACAGGCUGGUGCUGAGAGCAGGAGCCUCCUCUGAGCCUGCAGAGUGUUCAUCUCCCCUGUCCCAGUCAUGGUGGCAGGGUCCUUGUAUUUGCUGUCAUCAGCUGCUCCACUGCUGCAUUUCUUCUGUUCUGCAGCAUUGCUGAGAGUUUGCACCUGCAGCAGCUGUCAGAUCCUGCCUCAUGGAUGUCACCUGGGGUUGGAUGCUCACUGAGCGAGCUGCUCUGGCUCUGAGGCUGCUGGUGGCCUGCAGUGGGGAAGGCAUUGCCCCUCAGGGCUCAGCCCCAUCUCCCCUGAAUCCUGGCAUGCUGGUCAGGGGAUAAAAACCUCUCUUGCUGAGGCAGCUGGUGCUGAUGGUGCUGGGCAGAGCCAGCCUCCCUCUGCUUUUGGUCAAGGUAGACUGAAAAGCAGAACAGUGGAGGGGUGGCAAAAGAGUGCCCAGAGCCUCGCCAGACAGUUGUGCUUUGCAGCAUUAGGCUGCUGGCAGAGGUUGAGAGGAAGCAGUGGCCUCAAGGAGCAGAGCCUUCUCCCCUUGGGCACGGUGCCCUCUGCAUUCCUGCCCACCUCCAGCAGUAUUGGCUCUGGGGCCUUGAGCUCAUCCCACUUCCAGUGUCCCAACUCCAGACUGUUAAUCUGUAACUAAUGUGUUUUUUUCUGAGAUUUUCAAACUGAUGUAUAUUUUAAGACCAGAAAUAAACUAUUUUAAAAGUA